GAGACGAUAUCUCAGGUUUUGUAACGACUGCAAGUGUUGGCAGGAUUCUCCCUUUCAUGGUCCAGUUUUGGAGAGCCGUUGUGUGAUGUGCCUACAGCUGAUGCAGUGUGAAGCUCCACAGGGGGCUGGCAGCGCUCUUUGAUGCCGACCAUUCGGAAACAGCUCAAACAGCACCGACGUAAGCAGCGGCGGCCGUGACUGUUAAAUACCGCAUUACCAGUGAGUCGUGCCCGAACCCUGCAGCCCCGUUCGACUGGACAUCGGCUCGGCGGGAACCAACAGACGGCGGCUGCUCUCCUCGGGCCUACUGUACAGGCAGGCACCGCGAUCCUGCGAGCAGGGACGGCCGCGGCAUGGGCGCCGCAGACUGGGUUGUACGGGCGGUGCUGUGUUCCGCGGCGGUGGCCGGCCUCCUGGUGGCCGGGGGUUUGCGUCGGACGGACGGCCUCCCCGUACUGGGCCCACAGACACAGGAGGCUGGCGUCGGGGAUCUGUACCGGAGAGACACCGGCUCAGCGGCGGCAGACAGGACCGAGUCUGAGGCUUCAUCAGACGACGCGAACCGCGCCCGGCGCUGCACGUGUCAGGACGCGUCAUCAUCCUCGGGGGGACCCGUUGCCAGAGAAACGCGCAGCGGCCACGCGGAGAGGGCGCCGCCGCAGGGCCAGGUGGUCGUCAACAAGAUCCUGGACUUGAACCUGACCAACCAGGACCCGAACAUCGAGGUGACGAUCGAGGUGAUCACGGGUAACGCGUCCAUGUCGGAGGACCUGGAGUUUAUCGAGGGUCUAUGGGAGAUGGAGGGGAGCCAGGGGGACGGGGCGGGGAGGGAGGGUUCAGAGCAGGAUGAGGAUGAGGAGGAGGAGGAGGAGACCGAUGAUGGGGACCAGGAGGAGGAGGAGGAGGAUAAUCAUCUUGACUAUGAGGAUGAUCUUGGAUAUAUUCUUGGAUUACCGACACAGGCGCCAGGCGGCGAGCUGCAGCCUACAGAAGCCGUGCAGAUCGGGGAGCGGCUCGCGCAGGAGCAGGAGACUUCUCCGUUCGACAUGGCAGAUGUGGACAGCUGUGAGCAGUGGAUGCAGUGCCGCUCGGAGUUCCUGCUGGCCUACCUCUCCAAGCUGGACGACCUGCCCAGCUGCCCCUGCUUCUACCCCGUCAACCUGCCCUACAACAACCAGGUCUGGGACCCGAUCCACAACCGCAUCGUGCGCUGGGUGGACGCGUCGGGACCCCGCGAGCGGCUGGACGUGUACAGGCCGGGCGCGCGGUACUGCAUACGGUCCUUGCUCAGCCGGGAGAGCACGAGCCUCGCCGCGCAGCACUGCUGCUACGACGGCGACAUGAGACUCGUCACCCGGGGUAAGGCCGCGGGCACGCCGAACCUCAUCAGCACCGAGAUCUCGCGGGAACUGCACUACAGGGUGGACAUCAUGCCCUGGAUCCUGUGCAAGGGCGACUGGACUCGCUACAACCAGGUCAGACCGCCCAACAACGCGCAGGAAUGCCCAGACAACCCGGACGAGAACGAGCUGUACAGGCAAGUCGAGGAAGCCAAGAACUACUGAGUCGCCUGAACUCAUAUCGUUAUGUGUAUAUGAACGAAAAAGACCAAAGGAAGAAGGACACUAACCACGGCACACUAUAGCAUAUCCAACACCUUGUAUACAGGAUGGCACUGCCAGAAAAACGUGUCUGUGCACGAUACGACCAGAACCCGUUCGGCUUGGAAUGUCAUCUUCACAACGACUGGGUAAGAAAAACAGACGAGAAAUAACUUCCUUGGAUGAAAAGGCUCAAAUGAAACUCAACAAACAUUGCCUCAAGUUUUCCACAGGAUUUAUAUAUUAGUCACAAUCGAACCAAAGCCUCUUGGAGCAACAAGUUCGUGCUGUGAGGACGGAAAUUUGAUAAUCGGAAGGUUUGGAAGAAAAACUUUUAUAUUCCUGGUUCAACUCGUCAGCCGCACGGCUCGUGGCUGAUCAGCGGUGUUAGGGUGAGUGUACGCGGGUAAGGGGGCCGUACAUGGCGGCGGCGAAAAUUUCCGUCUCGUAAACGGUCGUCGCCUUUCGAUGUCAUAUGC